AUGGAUUUCAAAGACCCAAUCGCGAUCAUCUGCGGCAUCACGCUGAUCGCUACGGUCCUAUUCAUGUUUUUCAUGCUGACAUGCAUUUCUCGUCGCUCUGCCCGCGAUGUAUGGAAACAUUACGACGACGAAGCAAUCAAGACUCAACAACAACCCAUAGCAGAGUGGAGAGUCAAUCUGAAGAAGCAGGUGCAGCGAGAAUGGAACUUCUCCCGACCAGAAGCCAUCAAGUCUUCCCAAGCGACUGACGAGAUGGUUGCGCCUUUGAUUCCCGUCGUACCCAAAGCUCCUUCGAGCUUGCCGGCAGCUCUCACUGUAGGUCGCGAUAGCUACGGGCAAGGCCUGAGUGCGCACGAACUGUUCGAAAAUGUGGCAAAUCGGGCAAUGCGUCAAACAAUACCUGAGGAAAUUCAGCCCGUCAAGCAAAGCCGGAAUCCACUGCGCCUGUUGCCGACCUUGUUCUUUGAAGGCCGCAGAUAUGCACACGUACCCUACUUCGCCGGUGACGAUAGCGGUCCUGAUCUGGAAGCGCAACUCGAUGGAUCAUCGUAA